AUGGUUUUUGCUGAUCAACAAGGCCCUAACCAGCAGCAGCAACAAGUUGAAAAGACAGCAACUACACCUAUUACCACGGUCGAUUUGAUAAAGGAGCCUAAAGCACAUAAUAUUAAGAAGGAGCAUGUCAUGUACCUAGUUAUACAGCAAGCAGGUGGAUUGGAGGGAGCGGCUGCCGAGUUGGCCAUGAAUAUCUAA